GUGCGACCCUGCAAUGAGUGGUCUCUCUGUGCAGAGAUGUUCCGACUGGACGGCUUUGAAGAAGACGAGGCAGCUUUCCCCUCUUCGGAAGAAGAGGACUCUGAUGACGGUGCAGGCGGAGGCGGCAACAGCAGCAGCAGCAGCGCCUUGGAUGAGCCUGUGCGGCACUGUGCCUACUCACUACCAGUCGACAUGCCGGGAUGGCGCCCUCGUGAUGACGACCACCAGUUUGCUGUGGAGCAUGACAGGAUUGGUGCCGACAUCGAAGCCCUGGCUCGCAGCGUGUGCGAUGGCACCGAGAUGUUUGGGGACCUGCCUCGACCCCGGCUGAACUCAAUGCAGAGGCCCCUCUUCUGAUUUGUUUCGACUUAUUGAAUACCUGCUUGUAUACGAAUAAGAAUCUUCGUUCGUUA